AUGAUGAAAUUAAAUUAUAAAUUGAAAAUUUAUGCCAUUACCAGCGAUUGUCCGGUAUUGAGGCUUAUUUUAGAUUUUAUCGGUCAUGGCGGUUAUUUUUGUUGUUGGUUCUGUUAUAUUCGUGGUAAACAUAUAAGUGGCAAACGCCAAUACAAAUUUGAAUUACCAAUGAUUAUGCAUGAUGCAGCUGUUUAUGAAGAAGAAUCCUAUCUUGCUCAAGAUAAACAAAUUAAUAUAUAUGGACAUUUAGAUGUAAGUAUUUUAACAUCAAUUCUUGAUAUACCAUUACCUGAUGCAGUGAUAAUUGAUUAUCUUCACGUAACACUGUUAGGGCAUGCAAAAUCUCUUAUAUCAAAUAUAUUUUACAGUUUGAAGUCAAUUGAACGUUUACAAGUUGAUAGUCGACUAACAAAACAAAAUUUUUCACAGUAUUUUAAUCGAAAAAUGAAAGCAAUAACAUUAUUUGUUUGCUUUACUCGUUUAUUACAUGGUCAAUCAAUAGUUGGAUUAGAAACAGGCAAGCUUGCUGAUGAAUUAUUUCAACAAUUUUAUCGUGAUCAUGAUGAACAUUAUUACGGCCUUCAGAAUCUGGUUUUGCAUUUACACACGGAUUUUGUAACAAUGUAUCAGAAUCAUAGUGCUUUAUCAAAUAUCGAAUGCUUCGGCCAAGAAGAUCUCAUUGGAUCAGUUGAAUCCAAUCAUCAUGGCACUAGAUAUUAUGGUGAAUCAAUUGCUUAUUACUAUAAUAUCGAUUUUUCUUUACAUAACAAAUCGAAAACAAACAACAACAAUGAAUGA